AUCUGAGCCACCGCUCGCUCUUUAUAAACGCCGCGAAAUCCCAAUCGACGAAGCUAACAACACAGCGAAAGAAGAACGAUGACGACGGAACGCCCCGGCAAGCCAUCACUCGCUGACUCCCUCGGCUUUGGAAGCCGCGGUUCCGCCGCCGAGGAGGACGUCCCGCCCGGCGACGGCUCCAUCCCAGCUGUCCACCAUGAUCCUGCUCGCCAGAUCGAGAUACUGGAGGCUGCGGACAAGGACGCCGCCGCCGCAGACGACGACGACGACGACUCCAGCGAGGACUUCGAGUUCGCGUUCGUGGUGAAAGACCCCGAGGCCUUCCCCUCGGUCACCGCCGACGAGAUCUUUUCCGGCGGUCGGAUCAUCCCCGCCUACCCCGUCUUCAACCUCGCCUCCUCCGACGCGGGGGAGACGGUAGCGGCAGCAGACGCGACGGAUGUGGCCGAACAGAUUCCCCUCCGACAGCUCCUGAUCGAGGAGAGGGUGGCACGGCCAGCGUCCUCGUCGUCGCAGCCGGAGGAUGCCGGAGAGGACUGCGUGUUAGCGCCGGACCGGUGCAAGAAGAGCGCCUCCACUGGGUCAUCUCUGCGUUGGCGGCUCAGGGACCUGAUGGUCGGCCGGAGCCACAGCGACGGGAAGGAGAAGUUCGUGUUCCUCGAGACGGCGUCCGGUCCUAAGGCGACGGCAGGGAAGGGGGCGAAGAAAGCGGGGCGGGUGACGGAGACGGAUGUGGUCACCGCCCCCAGGGGCUACUACGGAAAGGGGUCAGGCGAGAAGGCGGUGAAGGGACCGCGGCGGUCGUUCUUACCGUACCGGCAAGAGCUGUUCGGGCUGUUCGCUCCAGUGAACGGCCUCCGCCGGUCACAUCACCCCUUCUAAUCAAAAUAUUUUCGGCUCCAAUAAUUCCUCAUUUUGUCCGUAAUUAUUCUGUCGUAACAAUUUAAGGUGGUGGGUUGUUCUCUCUGUAAAUUUUUUGUAUGAUUAUAUAUAUUUUUUUCACUCAAAUAUAUUCUCCUCGUGGAAGUGUAAUGAGUUGGAUUGGUUUGGAAUCAGAAGAUUCUGCAA